CGGCGGCUACACGAUACACUUAAUAUUCCAAGAUUUAUAUUUACUAACUUUAUUAUAUUCAAUCUUGGAUUCCUCGUUACUACACAAUGGUCAAGAAUGAUGUUGCUGUCCUCGAUCCGAAGCGACAUAAACUUGUGACGCUGGAUCGUCAAAAACUUGCGGCCAUAGGCAAAGGUCCAUCAGGAGCCGAGCAAUACGUUGACCUUCCCCGGUUAAACCCCGUCGUUGACGUCCAUGUGUCAGGGACAGCCCAAAACGAGACUGUCGCAACAGUCCACCUCUGGCGGCUUGGGCUUAAAUAUAAUGUGGAUAGACUGCUCGGGAAUAGCAAACAGUUAUACGUUUUGAGGGAUUGAAUCCUCUGAAUUUUGAAGAACACGCGGGCACGUAGUUUGGUUGAUUUAAUUUUCAGCUAGACAAUUGAAAAUGUAGCCAAAAAUGGCUCAUUGCCUCCCGUACCGGCUCCCUAUAGAUUUAUUAGAUAUAGAUACC